AUAAUAACUAAUUUGACAGUCCGAAAAAUAAUAAAAUAAAUGUAAAUUCGCUGUACUAUUAUGUCCUAUAAUAACAGUUACUGUGAUAAUUAUUUGUUUUGUAUGUUAUUAGUGAAUCAAGUGUAAAAAUCGAAUCAGUUAAGCGUUAUGUGUAUAUAUUUGUUAUAUUUUAUUGUUUAUUGAGAAAUUAUUAUUAUCAUUAUGACUGAGAAAUACCUAAAAACCAUCAUAGACGGCGUAUGCAAGGCCGCCCAGGAUCACAAUAUCGGUUUCUGCGGAGAUCUUGAAGAUACAACAACAAUUUGUAAUGUUCAUCGAACACAGAAUGGAAGCAUUUUAAAUGGGCAUCGGACACAAACCUUCAACUUAUUGACUAAUAAUUGUGUCGCUUGCAAUGGUUAUUACGGACCUUGUUUUGAGGACCCACUAUGUUCAACAUGUCAUGCCUUUUUGUAUCCCAGUGCUCUGACAACCGAAGUUUCGUCUACUGUAUAUGGGGAGAGUGACAGCGAUUCAGGCAAUGAAGAGCCUGAUGAUGGACAAGAAGGAAUACGUUUGGCUUCAGGGUCCUACCACCCAACAAGAACAGUUUUUGUCCAAGUGGAAACUCUCACAAGAGAACUUCACAGACUCUCUGAAUUCACGCCUCAACUGGAGCAACUCAACAUUGAACUGCUUCCUCCAGAAGUUCUUAUAAUAAUGUUCAGAUAUUUGGACGAGAUUUCCUUGUGGAGUAUAGGGCAAGUUUGCACUAGGUGGAGGGAAAUAUUGUUUAUGUGCGUCAAGCCCGAAAGAUGGCGGGAUUAUACAAGGAAGAGAUGGCCUUUACUUCCCAUAUCCAAUCCUGAUCAAGACUGGUAUGAAUUAUAUUCUGCAAUGAUGUUGAGCUCUUGCUGUAUAAAAUGCAUAAAGGAAAUGUCAUGUAUCAAAGUGAAUACAAAAUGGGAUGCAAAUUCCUGGAGAAAUAACCGUUUGAUGACUGAAAUUAGAUCGAUGAGGAAUGACCCUUUAGAUGGGAUAGAUGCACAAAAUUUGGAUAUUGCUUGUGGACAUUGGCAGGCAACAAUAGAAGGCCCAGUAGGCAGCCCCUACGAAGGAGGUCUAUUUUUUCUGUAUAUAGAAGUACCGCAUUCCUACCCCCUUAACCCUCCCAUAGUGAGAUUUAUAACGAAAAUAUUCCAUCCGAAUAUUUCUCGACACGGUGAUAUCGGAAUCGAUUCAAUUUUGCACAACUGGUCUUUAGCAUUGACAAUUAACAAACUUUUAAUAUCUAUACAGUCCCUAUUGACUGAUCCUUCUUGUGAUGUGUGCAUGGAACCUUUAAUAGGCCAAUUGUACAUGAGAAAUAGAAGACUUUAUGAAGGUUAUGCUCGAUUAUGGACCACAAAAUUUGCCAUGCAUGACAUGUUUCCUCAUUAAAAUUGAACACUUAUUAUUUGCAAACGUACUACUUUUAACUGGUUUUAUAUGGAUUCUUUUUUACAAUGUGAUAUUUUCAUGAGAUUUUUUCACUAAGGUACAUACAUACGUUAUUAAGUUUAUUGCUAAUUUAGGUUUUAUAUAAAUCAUUAUUAUCAAGUCUAAUAAAUUGUAUAUAUUUAC